AUGUUGCCGCCCCUAUCCUCAUCUGAGGCUUCAGCUUCUCUCCUCGGAUUUGGGCACAUGCAUAGAAGCUUUGGGUAUCUCUGCGAUUCCAUUCGAUCCCACCAUGAGGGUCUUGUUCUAUUCCUCGUGUCUGUUCCUUCUCCCCAACGUGCAUCUGUCUCUCUGUCUCCAUCAUACCUCAUUCUCCAUCUCGAUUUCUCCGUUUUAGAUAGCAGACGUUGCCACCGCCGUUCAAGAGGGGAUGUGUACUUGAUGACCCAUUUUACAGUUGUACCAAAGACUGGUUUGAAUAGAGUGACGAAACAUCGGUUCAGACUUUUAUUCCAAUACAAGACCUCUGUUAUUUCUGUGGUAUCUCUAAGGAUACCUUAUUCGGGUUUGUGUUUUACAUCAAUAGAUGAAAUUGACCAAAGGACAAAGGACAACGAUUUUUCCAUUGACUUUGUUGGGAUCAUUACUGGUGUUCGAAAAGAAAGAGAUGUAGCAUCAUAUGGCAAGCUGAUCAAAGCAGUUGUGCUAGAAGUUUUUACUGAUGGAGUAGGAUUCUUGCAUGCAGGUGGGUUAAUCCUACAGAAUGUGAUAAAUGUCUCUAGGUUAUUCAUUAAUCCCGACAUUCCUGACUCUGUUGAGUUUCUAAGCAGAUUUAGUGUAGCCAAUUAUGGAUUCUCAAGACUUGUGACCAAUGAGCUUGGAUGCUUAGUUUCUAAAGUUGAUGGUCAUUAUUUCAAUGGCAAAAAGAUCAGUAAUAUUCAAGAUCUUCAUGCAGAUAACGGGGAUGGUCAUUACUUUGUUAUUGGGACAAUUAAGGAAGUUAUGGAUGAACCAGAUUGGUGGUAUUACUCAUGUGUAUCUGGUCAUGCCGUUAUUGAGCAUGAGGAUCUCUACCUUUGUGAUGCUUGUGGUUCAUGUAUUGAACAUGUUAUGGUCAAAUAUGUGAUUCAGGUAAAGAUUCAUCAUGGUGGGUGUGCUAUUUUGUUUGUUCUAUUUGAUAAUGCGGCAACAAAACUAUUUAGAAAAAUCUAUUCUGAAGCAUUUCUCAGGAUAGAAGAAGAAUUUCCUGUUGAUCCUAAUGUGCUUGCAGUCCGUCGGUCAUAUUCUCCACAUAUGUUUGAUGAUGUUGUUGGAGAGGAGAAAAUUUUCAAGGUUGAAAUUAAUUCUGCAGUUGAUCGAGAUUACUCCGAGUGCUUUAAAAUUGUAAAUAUCUUUAGUCAUAAUCCGGAACCAGCUGCAACUGAUGAUUAUAUCAAUGGAUAUUAUUGCAAAGUUGUUCCAUUGAAACUCAUUUCAAGUCUUUUGCACAAAAAAGUUGUAUUCAUGGUUGAUGCUAGGCCUGAUGAUGCCUCUGUUAUUAAUGUUUUUGAGGCUGCUGCUGAGAUGAAUGAGCAUAAGAUCUAUGUUCUAGUUGAUUCUAUACCUGAAGUUGAAGAUGCUUUAAGCCAAUGUGGAAGCGAUCAUGAGGCUGUGAAGAAUCCGCAUGCUUUUUAG